CACGUGAUGCUGAGCUCCUCCAAUCAGGGUCAACCCCCGCUCAACCCAAAGCGAGUACGCGACGCGGGUCAGAUGACCCCGUGAUAGAGAGCCGAGGCUGGGGAAGUGACGUGAGAUAGAGACGGAGAAAAAGAAGAGAGCUGACAUCAAGCAAGCAGGUCACCUCCAAUGAUGGACCGCCUCCGCCGCACCGCCGGGCCUGUGUUCGAGAAACUGGCACAAAACAUGCAGGAUGUGUCAGGAGAUAACGGAGUUCUGAAGGAAGUUAUCAGGCCUGGACGUGGAGAAAAGGUCCCUCCUGAUGCAACAGUAAUUGUAAAAUACUCUGGAUAUAUGGAACAUUCCGACAAACCAUUUGACACAAAUUACUUUCGACGUAACCCUCGGCUCAUGAAGCUCGGUGAAGAUAUCACCCUUCUGGGGAUGGAGGUUAGCUUGCUAACAAUGCAACGUGGAGAAAUAUCUCGAUACCUUUUUUCGCCAAACUAUGCCUAUGGUGCGUUGGGCUGUCCUCCACUCAUCCUUCCCUCUGCUACUGUACUUUUUGAAGUAGAGUUGCUGGACUUUCUAGAUACAGCCGAGUCGGAUACCUUCUGCAGUCUCCCUCUGUACGUGCAGUCAACCUUUCCAGUAGAAAAGGUCUGUAAUGUUGCUGCUACAGAGAGACAAUUUGGUAAUUACCUCUUCAAACGAAAUCGAUUUCAUGACGCUAAAGAUAGGUAUAAACGGGCUUCCUCGUGUCUGUGCCGUGAUGUUGCAUCAGAGGAAGAGAACAGGCAGCUUGAUGCCGCUCGUCUACUUGUGUACUUGAAUCUAGGGCUCACAUACCUAAAGCUGGAACAUCCUUCCCGGACUAUAAUCUGGUGUGAGAAAGCUUUGGCAAUAGACUGCAAGAAUGUCAAAGCCCUUUUUCGCUGUGGACAGGCUUGUCUGGAGAUGAGAGAGUAUGAGAGAGCACGUAACUUCUUGUUGAGAGCUCAGAUGUUACAGCCAUUCAGCCUGGAUAUUAACAACGCACUGAAGAGGUUGUCCAGUUGUUACAAAGAUUACAUGGAUCAGCAGAAGGAGAUGUGCUUUCGUAUGUUUGCCCCGCAGUCAUCCACAUCCACACAGCAGUGAUGCUAAUGUCCGUUAAGACAAUGGGCCUAAUUCUGAGUUGAUCGCAGCAGCAAUUUUGUUAGCAAUUGGGCAAAACCAUGUGCACUGCAGUAGGGGCAGAUAUAACGUGUGCAGAGAGAGUUAGAUUUGGGUGGGGUGUAUUCAAACUGAAAUCUAAAUUGCAGUGUAAAAGUAAAGCAGGCCGUAUUUACCCUGCACAGAAACAAAAUAACCCACCCAAAUCUAACUCUCACUGCAAAUGUUAUAUCUGCCCCCCCCCCUCCAGUGCACAUGGUUUUGCCCAAUUGCUAACAAACUUGCUGCUGCGAUCAACUCAGAAUUACCCCCAAUGUCCGUUAAGAAAACGAACAUUGAUGCAGUUUUCUUAACGAACAAUGAUGCUAAUGUCAGUUAAGAAAACUGCAUGUAAUGCUGUUGCAUAUGUUUAUAAGGGUAAUAGAGUGUAUGUUAAGAAGUUUGAGACUAAAUGCACUGUGCACCAUGUCUAUGUAUUAUUGUGUGCUUUUGGGGGUAGGUGUACUAAGAGUGGAGAGAGAAAGUACCAACCAAUCGGCUCCUGUCAUUUUACAUUUCAAACACAUCCUGUAACAUGGCAGUUAGGAGCUGAUUGGCUGUUUAGUACGUUAUCUCUCUCCACUUUAUCACUCUCCAAGGCUUAGUACAUCUCUCCCUUGGGGAGAAGCCAUUCAACAACAGAGAGCAGACAUGCUAAGAAACUUCCAACAUUCCAAGCAUGUUUGGUUCUAUUCAAUGCACGUCAAUGUGUUUGCCACAUAGGGCAUGCAGGUUAUAUAGGAAGAUAAUAAAGACCUUACCUUGGAAGUUCAGGGUUGGUAAAUCAUGCCCCAAGGUUAUGUUAUACUGGACCACAUACAGAAAUGUUUGUGGUAAACCCUCAUCAGAUGCUUUCAUCAUUCAUUAUAGGUGUGUUAAUAUUGCAUGUUGACACCAUAUGCAUGUGAACAGGAGACCAUUUAUCUUGUAUUUGUUACAUUAUAUAGUACUAGCUUGUUUAUUAGAUGGUUAAGUACAAAGAGCAAAAUGUGCCAUAGCCUCAGUCAUCUACUUAUAGGGCAUUAUCCUAUUAGCGGCAGUGAAUUACAUCAGCUAAUGGAUUCCCCUGGGGCUAUCCUAUUAGCCUUGUAGCCCGGCACUUUUUCGUGAAUUUUGUGGCAUGCGAAGCAGAAUCCCUGAUGACCAGCCCCAGGAGACCCGUUUUCGGAUGGUAACCCAUGGGUCCACGAAGUUGUCACGGAUCCCAUGUGUUAUCGCCUCAUAACAGGUGAUUUACCUGGUAAAAACGGGCUGUGAUUAGAAAGUCUGAUAGUAAAAUUGCUCUAAGUAGUCUGCUGACCGUGUUGAUAUGAGGUGGGCCUGCAUUCUGGCAUGCACAUAGUCCCUGUAGACAGAAGGUAUCAAUCCUAAAGAUGUAAGGAGAAGUUAAGUGGAAAAGUGGUAGAAAUUCUUAACCUGAUUUUGGUAUGUUCCAGUAUUAUAAAUUAUAAUUUAUUCUUCUUAUUGCUGAUCGAUCGUUAUGGGUCUCUGAACAUUGCACUGCUAGGCUUUGUUUAAAUAACUCUAAUGCCUUUUAAAUACCGUUCGUAUUCAGCAUCACCCAACAGUUUUGAUUUGGUUAUAUUUCAGAAAGAUGUUCAGUGUUUUUUUUCUCAGGUAACACAGUAACUGAAGAUCUGAGUUCUCACAGACCGAGGCAUUUUCUUUAGUCCACUCUGGCUGCUUUGCAUUAAUAGCAGCUCUGAGGCUUGUUUGUUACACCAGUCCUGCUGUAUUGUGUUUAAUAAACAGUAUAAGCUGUGCUCAAAA